CCGAGGAGGAACACUUUAUACAACUCCUUUUAUUUUAUUGCACGCUAUCUUCUCCUUCUACAGACUUAUAAGACAUUAAGAACAUGAAAGACUGACAUAUUGGGCAUGAAGUUCACAGACCGCUGAUGAAGGACAAAUCCUCGUGAUGUGUGAGCUCUAACGUGGAGAAAGUGGAGAGAAAAUAAAGUGAAAGCAGCCAUGAACCUUCAGAUGCGAUGGACUCUUCUUAUCUUAUUGUUUCUACACAACACAGAUAUCUCCUGGGCAGACAGCUUCAUCGUUGUUGGUCCUUCUAAGCCCGUCGUCACUUAUGUCGGUGAAGAUGUGGUCCUGCCAGCCUCCCUCUCACCAGCUCUUAAUGCUGAGGCCUUUGAAGUGAGGUGGUUUACAACGGACUUCAGGACACCAGAGCUGUUAUACACCAAUUACAAUAUCGGGAGACAGACUGACACAAGAAGAACUCUGAGCAGAGACAACCUCAAGAAUGGCAACGUGUCUCUAAUAAUCAGAAAUGUCCGUGUUUCUGAUGAUCAACUCUACAGGUGUUAUGUGUACUUAGGACAAAGAGAUGAUGAGACUCGGGUCUCACUCACUGUUGAAGUUUUAGGUGCUCAGCCCUCCAUUUCUAUGAGCUCCACUGAAGGCCAGAAGACCCGACUGGAGUGCAGCGCUGAGAAGUGGAACCCCCAACCAGAAGUCACCUGGAGGGACAUGAAUGGGGCAGACGUGACGUCACAGUCCACAAUAAAGUCAGAGCGGGACUCCGAGGGUCUUCUGAGAGUGAGCAGCGUCCUCCCGGUGAAGGAGGAGUACAACGUGUUCAGCUGUCUGAUGAGAAGUAAAGCACCAAAGCCAGACUGGCACUCCGGACUUGGCAUCUACAGUUUCUCCCCAGGGGUCUCUGGCUGGUUGGUGGCUUUCUGCGUCUUGUUGGUUCUUUGCUUAGUGGUGACUCCCCUGCUGGUCAUUCAAUGGAGAAGAAUGAGAGAAACAAACACCAGAUAUGAUUCAAUAGUUGGAUUCCUUCCUAUUUGGUUCCUGCACAAGGAAAUUGAAAAGUCACAACGCGUCACCAAUGCAGAAUGGAGGAGAAUAUGCAGCUCAGCAGCUGAUGUCACUUUUGACCCUGAGACUGCACAUCCAUGUCUCAUUGUGUCUGAAGAUGGGAAAGAAGUGAGAGACACAGACACAUGGCAGAGAGUGACGAACAAUCCAAAGAGGUUUAACCACUGUGUUAAUGUCCUGGCCAGAGAAGGAUUUACGUCAGGGAGACACUACUGGGAGGUGGAGGUCGGGGGAAGACUGCGUGGGAUUUAG